UUUUUUUCCUCUCUUUUUUUGAGUGUGGUCGGGGUAAUUCUCCUUCACUAGUGUCUGGAUAAAGAAAGACUAGGUCAGCCAUGUGGAUGCGUCUGUUGAACAGCUGAAGAGGAGGAGGAGGGAGGGGGGGUUUACAGAGACGGAGGGAGCGAUAGGGAGAGCGUGGAGUGAGUGUGUGCAUAGGAAAGACAGAGAAGAAGAAGAAGGAGAGGUGGGGGAGAGAGAGAGAGAGCGAGCGUGUGUAUGCGUGUGUGUGUGUGAGUGAGUGUGUGGAAAAAGGAAGCGGAGCCUGUAAACGGUGAACUCACUGGUUUCCUUACCCCUCGAAACAACUAACAGCGCCGUGUUACUUUUCAUGUGGACACUAUCAUCGACAGCAACAACAACAACACGGCCAAAAGGGAAUAGGAGCAGUUUCGAGGGGGGAGGAAGACUAGCUGACGUUAUAGUGCCUUUUAUCGGCGAUUUCGGACGUGAAGAGUCUAUCAGUAAAGUGAAACCGUCUUUUGUUGAAGCAAGUGCUCGCCCGAGCCCCCUCUGUGCGGGCAGCGGGUUUUAAAAGAGAGAGAGGGGGAAAAAAACGAGGGGAUAAAAAGUGUCCGUGUUCGCCUCGCUUUUUUUGUCCCGGUUCUUGGAUUUUGGCCCAGCUCGCUUGCCUCUUUUUUCCCCCUCUUUUUUUUUUUUUUUUUAAGUUCGGUGGGUCAUCUCGGGCAAGGCUCGCGUUUUCAACUUGUUUGCAGCAGUCUCUGGGACUCCAAGAAUCACCAGACUGGCGGCUUUUCUGAAACACUGGGGUUGUUGGUGUGGCCAAAUUUUCCCUGGAUUUGACUGGUAAAUUCAGAAGACUGAAGCCCAGGCUCACAGUCUACCUUUCACGGAGGCCCAGCCGUGAGAGGACUGAGGAAGGCACGUGGCGGAUCAUGACGGCCGACAAAGAGAAGGAGAGGGAGAAAGAGCGGGACAGAGACAGAGACAGGGACCGGGACAAGAGAGAGGCCGGUAAGUCCCGCCGGCAGGAUGGGGACCGGGGCGACCGCGAAAGCGAGAGCUCCAGGCCCCGACGCAGCUGUACGCUGGAGGGCGGGGCCAAGAACUAUGCAGAGAGCGAGCACAGCGAGGACGAGGACAACGACAAUGGCAGCACGGGCGGAGGCAGCGGCACGGCCGAGGAGGCCGGCAAGAAGGGCAAGAAGAAGACGCCUAAGAAGAAGUCGCGCUACGAGCGUACGGAGAACGGAGAAAUAACAUCCUUCAUCACAGAAGACGAUGUUGUUUACAGACCUGGAGAUUGUGUGUACAUUGAGAGUCGGCGGCCCAACACUCCCUACUUCAUUUGUAGCAUUCAGGAUUUCAAGCUGAGUAAACGGGACCAUCUGCUGAUGAAUGUGAAAUGGUACUACCGCCAGUCAGAGGUGCCCGACUCUGUCUACCAGCACCUGGUGCAGGAUCGCAACAAUGAGAACGACUCUGGCCGGGAGCUGGUUAUCACAGACCCUGUGGUCCGGAGUCGAGAACUCUUCAUCUCUGACUAUGUGGACACUUAUCAUGCUGCUGCUCUCAGGGGGAAAUGCAACAUUUCCCAUUUCUCCGACAUUUUUGCUGCCAGGGAGUUCAAAGCCCGCAUCGACUCCUUUUUCUAUAUCCUCGGAUAUAACCCAGAGACCAGGCGACUAAACAGCACACAAGGGGAAAUCCGAGUGGGACCGAGUCACCAAGCCAAGCUUCCAGAGCUACAGCCUUUCCCCUCUCCUGGUGGCCAGGCCGUGACCGAAAAUGAAGAGCUGGUCUGGAUGCCAGGGGUCAAUGACUGUGACCUUCUUAUGUACCUCAGAGCCGCAAGGAGCAUGGCUGCCUUUGCAGGGAUGUGUGACGGAGGCUCAACAGAAGAUGGGUGUCUAGCAGCCUCUCGAGACGACACUACAUUAAACGCACUUAACACUCUUCAUGAGAGCAGCUAUGAUGCAGGCAAGGCUCUCCAGCGCCUGGUUAAGAAGCCAGUACCCAAACUGAUAGAGAAGUGCUGGUCUGAGGAUGAAGUGAAGCGCUUCAUUAAAGGGUUGAGACAGUUCGGCAAAAACUUCUUCAGGAUCCGCAAAGAGCUGCUGCCCAACAAAGAAACGGGAGAGCUAAUUACCUUCUACUACUAUUGGAAGAAGACCCCCGAGGCGGCCAGUUGUCGAGCCCACCGCAGACACCGCCGUCAGCCCGUCUUCCGCCGCAUCAAGACACGAACGGCUUCAACUCCUGUCAACACUCCCUCACGCCCCCCCUCCAGCGAGUUUUUGGACCUCAGCUCAGCCAGCGAAGAUGACUUUGACAGUGAAGACAGCGAACAGGAGCUGAAGGGCUACGCCUGCCGCCACUGUUUCACUACCACCUCCAAGGACUGGCACCACGGGGGCCGGGAGAACAUCUUGCUGUGCACAGACUGCCGCAUUCACUUCAAGAAGUACGGUGAGCUGCCCCCCAUCGAGAAGCCUGUGGACCCGCCACCAUUUAUGUUCAAACCUGUCAAAGAGGAAGAGGAUGGACUCAGCGGGAAGCAUAGCAUGAGGACCCGACGGAACCGAGGCUCGAUGUCAACGCUACGUAGUGGUCGCAAGAAGCAGACAGCCAGUCCUGAUGGCCGAGCCUCGCCUACCAACGAGGAUUUGCGCUCCAGCGGACGUACCUCACCCAGCGCGGCAAGUACUGAUAGCACUGACAGCAAGACAGACUCCAUGAAGAAGCCAAGCAAGAAGAUCAAAGAAGAGGCUCCUUCACCUAUGAAGAGUGCCAAACGGCAACGAGAGAAGGGAGCUUCAGACACAGAGGAGCCAGAGAGGGCCAGUGCCAAAAAGUCCAAGACACAAGAGCUGAGUCGGCCAGACUCGCCCUCAGAGUGCGAGGGGGAAGGGGAGGGCGAGGGCGAGAGCUCUGAUGGGCGCAGCAUCAAUGAGGAGCUCAGCAGCGAUCCUAAAGACAUUGACCAGGAUAACCGGAGCUCCUCCCCGAGCAUCCCCAGCCCCCGUGACAAUGAGAGCGACUCAGACUCCUCUGCCCAGCAGCAGCAGCACCUGCAGAGCCAGCAUCCUGCAGUCAUCCAGUGUCAGCCAGGCACCUCAGCGGCCUCCUCGGCACCUCCUCCGCCUACGACCUCAGCCCCUUCACUGCCCCCGCAGGUCUCCCCCACAGCGGCUUCCACGUCUCUACCUCCCCAGCCUCUGCCCCAGGCUAGCCCGAUGUCUCUUAUCCAGUCAGGAGCGUCCCUCCACCCUCAAAGGCUUCCCUCUCCACAUUCACCUCUGACUCAGGCUCCGCCUCCUGGCCCUUCAGUCCCACCUCAGUCAUUACCCAGCUCGCAUCAUGGGCCUAUGCCUCCCAUGCCACAUCCACUGCAGCCUGGCCCUUCACACUUGCCUCACCCUCACUCCAUGCCCCCUCAGGGCUUCCCUGUGGGUCAGUCUCAGGUCCCUCCCCCACCAAUCUCUGGCCAAUCACAGCAGAGGCCUCACACACCUCCAUCCCAGUCCCAGUCAUCUGCUCAGAGUGGAGGCCAGCCUCCCAGAGAGCAGCCCCUGCCGCCUGCCCCAUUGUCCAUGCCUCAUAUCAAGCCCCCGCCAACCACACCCAUCCCUCAGAUACCCAACCCGCAGUCCCACAAACACCCACCCCACGUAUCUGCGCCUCCAUUUCCUCAGAUGCCUUCAAAUCUGCCUCCACCUCCUGCCCUCAAGCCCCUCAGCUCUUUAUCCACCCACCACCCUCCAUCGGCACACCCGCCUCCCCUUCAGCUCAUGCCUCAGGGGCAGCAGCUUCAGCCUCCCCCAGCCCAGCCUCCAGUUCUCACCCAGUCCCAGAGCCUCCCGCCAUCAGCCAGCCACCAGCCUCCUCCAGCCCCUCCACUGCCGCCCUCCGCAGUGGCCUCACACCCCAACGGGCCACCACAGCCGCCAUUCUCGUCCCAUCCUUUCAAUACAGUUCUACCUCCGACCGGCCCUCCCUCAUCGUCAUCAAACUCUAUGCCUGGCUUACAGCCUCCAUCUUCCUCUGCUCCAUCCUCUUCCAUCUCCAUGCCGCUCCCCGCCUCAGUCACUUGUGCCGGCCCGGGCCCUGCACUUCCGCCAGUACACAUCAAAGAGGAGCCUUUGGACGAGUCAGAAGAGCCGGAGAGCCCCCCACCCCCACAGAGAAGCCCCUCCCCAGAGCCUACUGUCGUCAAUACACCCAGCCAUGCCAGCCAGUCAGCACGGUUCUACAAGUACCUGGACCGAGGUUACAACUCGUGCGCUAGGACAGAUUUCUACUUCACUCCCCUGGCUUCAUCCAAACUGGCCAAGAAACGAGAGGAAGCUCUGGAGAAAGCCAAGAGGGAAGCAGAACAGAAAGCGAGGGAGGAGAAGGAGAGAGAGAGGGAGAGGGAAAAAGAGCGAGAAAGAGAGCGGGAACGAGAAAAGGAAGCCGAGCGAGCUGCGAAAGCACCCAGUUCCUCUCACGAAGGCAGAAUGGGUGAGCCUCAGAUGGCCGGCCCCGCCCACAUGCGUCCACCCUUCGACGGCCCGCCCACUACGAUCGCAGCUGUGCCUCCAUACAUUGGCCCCGACACCCCUGCCCUACGCACCCUCAGCGAGUAUGCCCGACCCCACGUCAUGUCCCCCACCAAUCGAAACCACCCCUUCUUUGUGUCCCUCAACCCCGCAGACCCACUGCUGGCCUAUCACAUGCCCAGCUUGUACAACGCCGACCCGGCCAUGCGGGAGCGUGAGCUGCGAGAGCGGGAGAUGCGUGAGAGGGAGAUUCGCGAGAGGGAGCUGAGGGAAAGGAUGAAACCUGGUUUUGAGGUUAAGCCUCCGGAGAUGGACACGCUUCACCCCUCUACAAACCCCAUGGAGCACUUUGCCCGGCAUGGGGCCAUCACGUUGCCCCCCAUGGCCGGCCCUCACCCUUUCGCCUCGUUCCAUCCAGGCUUGAACCCAUUAGAGCGUGAGCGGCUGGCCCUCGCUGGGCCCCAGCUGCGGCCAGAAAUGAGCUACCCAGAGAGGUUGGCUGCAGAGAGACUCCAUGCUGAGAGGAUGGCCACAGUGGCCAAUGACCCCAUCGCCCGUCUGCAGAUGUUCAAUGUUACGCCGCACCACCACCAGCACUCACAUAUCCACUCCCAUCUCCACCUCCACCAGCAAGAUCCCCUUCACCAAGCAGGUGGUGGUGAAUGUCUUGUGUGUCCUCCAGGUUCCGGGGCCCAUCCACUGGCAGUAGAUCCCCUGGCAGCUGGACCUCACCUGGCCCGCUUCCCUUACCCGCCCGGCGCCAUCCCCAACCCUCUCCUGGGCCAGCCGCCUCACGAACACGAGAUGCUGCGCCACCCAGUCUUCGGUACUCCAUACCCACGGGACCUACCAGGAGGUCUGCCACCGCCCAUGUCCGCAGCUCACCAGCUGCAGGCCAUGCAUGCCCAGUCAGCUGAGCUCCAGAGGCUGGCCAUGGAGCAGCAGUGGCUCCACGGACACCAUCACAUGCACGGAGGACCACUGCCUGGCCAGGAGGACUACUACAGCCGGCUGAAGAAAGAGAGUGACAAGCAGCUGUAACCAGCCGAGGGAGGCAGCGACUGACAGGUGCAGGACACAGGAAGUUGUUACAGAACAGUCUUGCAGAGGCUCUCCCGGGGGGUCCUCUGGACACAUUCAGUUUUGAAGAAUGGAAAAGGCCAAGUGGAUCGUCUGAGAAUUCUUCUGAUAUUUGGUUUUUGUUCUUGUCAAGGACUUUUUUUUUAUUAUUAUUUUUCAAGACAUUGACUUUCUUUGGUAUAUAGCCAGUAGUGACAACGUCCUCAAGACUCCUGCAUGAACAAGCUUCCCUGACGUUUUUUUGUAGGUGCUAGAACAAGACACUGUGCUUAUCAACAAAAAAAAGAAAAGAAAAAAAAAAAAAGACAAGACCGGUCAGGCCAUUUAUUGAAAAAUAACAAGUGCUAUCUUAAAUUCAACAUUUAUUUUAAUACAUUGUUGGAGGUUUUUCAUAAUUUUAAGAAAAGCUACAGCAUGGCGUUUUUGAGUCUGUAAAUAGUAUAUAUAAACAUAUAAUUAUUAUUAUAAUUAUUAUUAUUACUAGGUGUGGACUCCAAACCAAGUCGUUUCAACCUCCAAUAUAAUUGUUUUGAAGCAUUAUCCCUUGUUUCAGAGGGGAGCACCAUGGCAUUAUACGAGCAGUUUCUGAGAGAGUUGCGGUUCAGUUGUGACGUUCCUCUGACAUCACUGUGUUAGAUUUAGUCCCACAUCCACUAUGUAAACCAUAAACCCGUCACACCCACCACGUCCAUUCACCACACACCUUUGACACGCAGCAGGUUGUCAGAAUGUGUGUGUAAAACUCAACACGUUGAGUUAAUGAUUUGAUUACACUUGAAGAGGUGACACAGUCGUCGCCAAGGCUUCUGUGGAGUGCACACCGAGGCCAUGGAUUAAACGGAAAAACAAAAGUUUGCACUGAAAGAGAGUGUCCUUGAGCUCCACUCAAUUGGUUUUAUAUCAAUAUUUAAGUCAACAAAAUGGAGUAAUAACUUCAUUACUUUUUGUUGUUUUUAAAUACAGUGAUUUUAAUAAUGAUUUUUAAAAUGUGGACACCAGAGACACAUUUGGCUGAAAUGAAGAAAUUUAGAAAUUGCUUCGAGUUCUUUUAAAUUUUCGGGACUUGAAUUUUAACAUUGUUCACUCUAACAGGAGCCUAACAGGACUUAAGGAUUGUUUUAAUUGUGUGAAUGGUUGUGAGUCGGUGCUGAGUUUGUGUUGUAGGUGUGUGUGUAUGUGUGUCUCCACCCCACCCCCCACCCAACCACCUACCCACCCUUUCUUUACUUGGUCCAGUCACCCAUGUUUGGCUAACUAGGCUGUAAUAAUGUUCACUGUGACACUAGAGGGGGCCUGCCGACACGUGACCACCAGUAAGGUACAGGGUUGAUGAUUGUGUGUGUGUGUGUGUGUGUGCAUGUGUGUGUUGUCCUCACAAUGUUUUCAUAUGCCUUGGUUCCUUAGGGAUACACACGGCCUCCUGCGCCUCAGGAGUGGUGUGUUUGUGUGCCACUGACUGUUACAAGUAGUGUUGACCUGUCGUACCAGUGCACAUGAGCCCAAGUUUUUCUUCUUCUGUUUUUUUUUCUUUCUUUUUUUCAAAAAUCCAUGAUUCGCUCCAUGCACUAAGACUGUUUAACUGUCAUGAAAUUUAGAAAACUAUGGCUACUUUUUUUUAUUUUUAUUUUUUUUAACCAAAUGAAGAAACUGUACUUGCAUUUUAAAGUGAUCAUAUCUUCUAUUGGAGCACUAUUAUUUACAUUUAAAUGGUUGCAAACAUCAUCAAACUCACACCCCCCCCCUUUAAAAAAAGUCUUUAAAGUCCUGACAACAGCCUGUCAUUCUGUCUUGCCAUCUCCCACCGAUUCCUGUCUCUCUUCUGACGACGUACUCUUCAUCAUCGUCAUCGUCAUCAUCAUCAUCAUCAUCAUCAUCCUUUGCCUCGUUUCCUGACGAUUCCCUUGCCUUUUACUCCCUCUUUUUGUGUCUCCAAACCUUUGAUGUUAAGUGUUGUCAAUGGUUUAGCUUCUUGUUUCAAAGCGGCAAUAGCAGAAUGUAAAUUCUGACUGCUAAGAUUUAUAUAUAUACUGGUAUCUUGAAGCUUAUUGUAUAUAUGAGUAGUCGCCAUGGGAUGACACAAUGUAAACAAAAAGUAGAAAUAAUAAGAAAAAUUGUGAGUCCUGUGUUCUCUCCAUUUGAGUAUUUUGUAAUUUUUUUGAAAAAUUUGUGGAAUUAAAAUAAACGACUAAGUUACACCACAA